AGACGUUUUAUAGUUUACGCAAUGUUUUACCAAACUGAAACACCUGUCAUAUACUCCUAUAAAACCAUGUUUUCGUUUAAGAAUCAGGAGAUCAACUGAAAACAGUUCAAAUUAACACUUCUUGUUACGAUGUGGAUACCUUCAAUAUUUUUCUUUCUCUUCGCGUUUCAUUGCAUCUGUCUGUUCUCAAGUGCCAAUUGCAAAGAACAAUUGAUUCGAGAUGGAAAUUCCGAACACUUGAAUCCAAACCUAGAAAACUCGCCAGUCCACGGUCGAGUAAUUACGUUGGAAAAGAAACCUGCGGCCAACAGUGAAGCGUUUGACAAAUUUCCGGCGUUUCGUUGGAAAUACUUUGGUCAGAAAUCGAUCGAAAAUAUCACAUCGAAAAAUCAGCAAGUUCGUAGUUCUCUAAAGAAUAAACACGUAAUAUACACUGAUAAACUUCGUCCAACCAUCUUUGUACAACCAGAACGCAACGGUUUUCAAGAAAACGAGCAACUUCCCUUUCGAAAAUUGAAUCGGAGAUCGACGCAGACGAAAAAAGAGGAACGAAACACUCACGAAUCCGGAUUCCCCAGUUUGGUUGACGGCGAGGAUCAACACUCUGGCAAGCGACAAGCCGACGCUGAAACUUUCCAAGGAAACGAAGAACGAAUGAAGAAUUAUAAAGUUCAUAAUUUACGUGGUUUCAAUCUGUCAAGCUUAUUGCCACUUAAAAAUGGAUCCUUGGAAAUCGUUGAUCUGCCUAGUCUGAUCCGGAAAAUUUUUGACUUCCUUUUUAACAUGAUUAAGCUGAAACCAAAGGGUGAAAAUGAAAAUCAAUUGUUACACGGUACAAUAAUAAGCAAAUUUUUCGAAUAUGGAAAAGAUGCGUUGAAUAAUAUGAAGGAAAAUGUAGAAGCUGCGAAUGUUGGUAUUCACAAUGCAGUGAAAAUGGGUCCGUUAUCUAUAAACUUUGACGUAGGAAAACCAUGAUCUACUAUUAUUUAUAAAAUAUCAUCAUCUUUAUAUACAUACUACAUUAUAUUGUUGCUAUAAAACUUUUUUUUUAUUGCAAAUGAAA